GGCGGAGUACCGAGAGCCGGCUGGCCCGGAGCAUGGCGCGGGAGCUGAGCCAGGAGGCCGUGCUGGAUUUCCUCUGGGGGGCCGGGGGCCGAGCCCCCAACACGGCGCUGCUCCGCCACUUCCAGCCCUUCCUCCGCGACCCGGCGCUGACGGAGCAGCAGCGGCGGGAGCGCCGCGAAUAUUUCAAGAGCCUCGUCAAUUCCCUGGCCACCGUCCACCCCGCCGCCGCUCCCGGCGCCUCCAAGGACAUCGUCCUCCGCCGCAAGUACCGCGACCUCCUCGACGAGGAGCUGCCGCCGCCGCCGCCGCCGGAGGAACGGCAGGAGCGGGACAAGGAGGAGGAAGAAGAGAAAGAGCCGCCGCCGCCGCCGCCCCGCCGCGACCCCGGCCGGCGGCGCGGCCCCCCGGGGAAGGCGGCGGAGAAGACGCGGCCCGCCGGGGGACAGCCCCCGAGGGCCGCCGUCGCGGGGGGCUGCGCCGCCCGGGGCCGCGGCGGACCCUGCUGCGAGUGCCGCCGGGCGCGCCGCGCCGCCGCCUCCGCCGCCGCCCCCCCGCCGCCCCCCGCCGGGCCGCCCCCAUACCGGAGCCUGCAGCCGCCCUCCGCCAGACCGUGCCGGUCCCGGUCCCCACCGCUGCCCGGGGUGCUGCCUCGCACCGGGUCAGCCCCGUUCGGGUCCCUGCCGCCGCAACGCCCUAGAGGGCCGCCCCCCCCCCCGUCCCCGCCACUGCCGUCGGGCCCCGGGGCGCUGCCCCCUGACAGGCUGCCGCAGCCCCGGUCUCCGCCACCGCCCCCCGCCGGGAUGCCUCCGCUGAAGGCCCCACCACGCUCAGCAGGCCCAGGGGGGCGGCCCCCCGCCGGACCGUCCCAGUCCCCGCUACUGUCCUGGGGCCCCAGGGCGCUGUCUCCCACCGAGCUGCCCCUAUCCCGGUCCCGGGGGCCACCCCUCGCCGAGCCACCCCCGUGCCGGUGCCCGCCGUUGCUGUCCGCCCCAGGGGUGCUGCCCCUGUCGCGGUCCCUGCAGGUGCUCCCCGCCGGGCCCUCCCCAUCCCCACCGCUUUUAUCGGGCCCAGACGUGCUACCGGCCACCAGGCUGCCUCCAUCACAGUCCAGGUCCCUGCAGCAGCUCCCCACCCGGUCAUCCCCACCCCCGCCGAGGAGAUCCAAGGUGCUGACCCCCAACGGACCAACCCGAUCUCAAGCCCUGCUGCUGUACCCAUACCAAACCCUGCCGCUGCCGUCAGGUCGUGGGGUGCGGCCGCCCCCCUCCCAAUCCCCACCGCAGUCCCCCACCCAGCCAGCCCCGUCCCGCUCCCCGCAGCCACCCCCUGCCGGGCCACCCCCAUCCCAGUCCUUGCUGCCGGCGCAGGGCCCCGCCGGGCCCCAAGCCCCAGACAGCAGCCCCCCAGCACGGCUGCCUGUCUUCAGGAGCAUCAGGUGCCAGCUUGCUUUGCUGGAGGUGCAGGGCAUCCCCCCAUCGCUGCCGGAUGACUGUGGGCAGCAGCCCCGCACCAUGCCCUCCAAGAACUCCCUCAGGAAUGUCCCAAGCCGGGGGCUGUUGGUGCCACUGGGGCAGCGGGAGCACGCCUGGCUAGUGGCUAUGUCAGCGGGGUGCUGGGCUCGGGUGCGGGGGCUCUUCCUGGAAGAGCCGGAGCUGGCCCUGAAGCGGGACUUCAUGUCAGGCUUCACGGUCCUUCACUGGCUGGCCAAGCACGGUGACGGGCCAGGCCUGCAGGAGCUGGCGGCAGCGGCACGGCAGGCUGGGCUGGCCCUGGACGUGGAUGCCCGCUCCGGCUGCGGGUACACUCCGCUGCACUUGGCUGCCAUACACGGCCACCAGCUUGUCAUCAAGGUGCUGGUGCUGCAGCUGGGGUGCCAGGUACAGGUGCGGGACAGCAGCGGGCGCCGGCCCUGGGAGUACCUGGGCAGCUCCACCUCGGGGGAGAUCUGGCAGCUCCUGGAGGCACCCCGAGGCACCAUUAUGUUCCCCACGCAGCCCCUGGCCCGCAGCGUGUCCUCUGCCAGCAAGGUCUCGCUGUCCGCUGGCAGGACAGCACUGCCUGCCUGCCUCAGGCCGCAGCACGGCCGUGGGGCAGACUCCCACCGAACAGGCAGUGAGAGUGACUGAGAGACAGCUCCCUGGCAUCCCC